AUGGAGGAAUCUAAUGUAGAGGAGCAGCAAGGAAAAGGAGAUGAUACAGCUCUUAACGGGAUCGAGCUUUAUUGUGAUUAUUAUUCCGAUACAGUCAAAAGAGGAACAAUAUCCUCAACUAAAGGAAGUUGGGGAGGUUGGACUGGAGAACGAUGGUGCCCCUCUGGGUAUCUCACCAGCUUUUCCCUGAGGGUUGAGGGUUCCAUCGGCAGAGGAGACGACACGGCAGCAAACAACAUCCAAUUUCUGUGCUCCGAUCCAAAUAUUUUGGAAGGAAACGGUGGAGUUUGGGGGGGCUGGGGAAGCUGGAGUGGCGCCUGCCCAGUUGGAAUUUGUGGUAUCACCACCAGAGUGGAAAGACCCCAAGGAAGGGGAGACGACACGGCUCUGAAUGACGUCAAGUUUGAAUGCUGUUGA